AGAAACACUGGCUGAAUCGUGGCGUGCAUACAAACACCUGUACGCGCAUGCGCAGUAAGUGUAACAGUCAGGCCCUCGUCGAGGAAUUUCGCAGUCGUGACCCGUUUCCCUACAAUACGUUUGCGACGUAGCGGAGCGUGGCAGUGCUAGACACCAACAAAUCUUUAGGAAAGUAAACUUUGUGUUCUUCUGUAGUUAUACUUUAACGAUUCAAGAAGAAAAAAAAACGAUUAGCGUGAUGCUGCUAGCACUGAUGUGUAGCCUUCUUGCUGCCUCAGGGAUGACCUCGGCCUCCAGUCUCCAAGUGCCCAUGCUGACUAUUUGUCCAGAUAGCCAUAACGUGACCGUAUUCAACGUCACUGCAACGAGCCAGCCCGGAAGCAACAUGCUCAACGUGUCGUUUCACAUCGACGUUACUAUGUCAUUGAAAACAUACCCAACCCUUGAAGUGGCCAUAACGGAGGAAGGAAUGGAAUCCUUGAUUCCUUGUCUCGAAGACGUCGGUUCUUGCCUCUACCAUCUCUGUGAUGGCAAUUCUACCAUGGAAAAGGAGCUGACGAAGGCGUGGAGUAACACAUGUCCCAUUCCUCCUGGGAAGUAUUUUGUCAAUAUGACAUUGGACCUCGCGAAGAACAAGCAUCUGACUUCAGGAAACGCGAACAAGGUCUUCAAGUACACGUUUGAAGAUGGUGGCAAUGUAACUGGCUGCGUGUCCUUCCCUGUCCACAUCCCGCCUACGGCAGGGUCAUCGGCCACUGCGCUUCCAGCCUUACACGCGUCAUGGAUUCUCACCAUUUCUCUGUUUUUGCUGAGAUUUUGGUAGAUGUCUAGGGAAUGAGCUUGGGCCAUUUUUAUCACGAAUGUACGUUGUAUGUUAAACAAAAAAUGAUUUAGGUCGCAUAAAAACCAAAGGUAAGAGCUAGAAUCGAGGAACUUCUGAUGAAAUUGCGACUCACAUCAGUGUCGACGAGCCCCAGCUACUCACAGAUACAGCAUAUCGUUGUGAAGUGGCCCGAGUCACGCGGCACUCAUUUUGUAGGUGUAAUUUCCUUCACAGCGAACACCGUCUGCCUUUUACUAAGUCUGCUCAUCGAAAGUUGCUAAACCUGCAGCUUAACAUUAUGCGCACACCAGCAUCAUCUUCUGUUCAACAAAAUAUUAGGGUCUCUCUGAUAGUACAGAAAGCUUCAUGCCACAGCAAAUGCAUUUACGUCAGUCGCAGCUGUCAGACUGGUAGAAAAACUGAAGUCAACAUUUAAACGAGUUACACAACAAUAAUUCCGAGAAUUUAAAAUAAUUCUUUCUUAUUAUUCCUUUGUAGAACUGCACUAAUAUAGAGUUCGUCAAUACAAUACGGUAAGCCUGCUGACGAUAAUGAAUAACAAUAAGCAGCUUAAUAAAAAGUGUAAUCAGAGUAAAUCAUCGAUAAACCAGUCCAUAACUGGGCCGUAAUUGCUAUUACAGAAAAUCUGUUACACAUACUCGACAACUGCUAGCCCAUUAAAUUUCGAAAUACAGACAAUUAUUUCGGCUCAACGGCACUUUUGAGCAUAUUCAAAAGCCAGAUCUUGCAAAGAGUAAAACUAUUACUUAUCAUAGAUAAGGACUAACUUGCAAAAAAAGCCUUUGAUUUUUUUAACUACAUAUCUCAUGGUCUUUCGUGCUGGACAAUCAACUAGUGAGUGUUACGUUUCUUGUUGGUACGUUUGCUGAUAACAUAAGGUGGGAAACCCAAAUGAGGCUUCAUGAUUUCUCAUCGGUGAUUUAUGAGGUGACUAUCUUUUUGUUAUAUUUUCCAAUACUAGCUUUUAUGCUCAAAUUAAACACUUUUCGUCACUGUCCUCCAGUAUUUAACUUCGUUGAGGCCCACUGAAAGCACAUAUUUCGAAACGUUGGUGUGCCGCCAACUCUGCAGUUGUGUUUCUAUAUGUUGCGUUAUAUGUACGUCGUUGUUGUCAUAUUCAUAUUUGAAUUUCUGUAAAUUUUGAACAACGCAGUGUGCACACGUAGUGGCUUGAGUUGUGUGCAACCCCACAAUGUUUUCAAAGAAAUAAAGAAAAACAUCUGUAAAUAUCCGGAACAUUUAAAAUCAA